ACCUAUGAAUUCAGGCGGUUGGAUCAAAACCCAAACCCAGGGCCGUCUUAUGGACCGUCCGAUAAGCAAAAAAAAAAAAAAACCCACGAUAGCAAAUCAAUCGGAUCGAUAUUAAGCCCAAAAUUCAAAAUGCAGUGAGAGAGAGGGAGGAAAGCAAAGGCGAAGAAACAACAGACUCAGAAGAACGAAAGGCAAAAAACCAAAUCAAAACCCAAAUCUCGUCCCUUUUUUGUACUCUCCCUGCGUCCCUCCCUUCCUUCCUGCGUCUCUACUCCAAUCUCUCCCUCUCUCUCGCGCCGCGGGGCGGGACCGCGGCUUCUUCUCUUUCCGCGCCGGCGGCCGCCACUCUUUGUUUGUGGAUCAAUUCCCGUGCUCUGCGCUUUCUUUCUCUGGAAUUUGGCAUUCCGGCGGAAGGUAAAGCCAGCCGUUGUUGAGCUGAUUGGCGAUUUUCCGGCGGGGCGGGGAGCUUGGGGAUCUGGGAGUUGCGGAAUUCGGGUCGGGUUUUGUUAGAAAUUUUAGGGGUGGAGAGAAGCGCGCGCGGGAUUUCGCGUUCUUAUUUUUGCUUCCCUGAGUGUUGGUGUGAAUUCGAGGGGUAAUUUUUGAAUUUUUUUUUUUAGGUGUUUGGGAGGAUGGGGGAGGGUGAGGGGAGCGAAUUCCCUCCAAAAAAGGCUCCGCCGCUUGCUAGGCAGCUCGAUUUCACUCAGGGCAGCGGCGGCGGGGUGGUUCUUCCUGACCAUCCGCAAUCGGCAACGCCGCAGCAACAGCAGAAGCCGCCGGUUGCUGCGGCUGCUGGUGCUGCUGUUGCUGGUCCGCCUCCGCCUCAGAAGCCGACGACGGUGGCGGCGGCUGUGCAGCCGAUUGCGAAACCGCCGGUUCCUAUGGCUGUUACUCAGAGCCAGCAGCCGCAUCUCGUUGCUGCGGCGGCGACCACCCCUGCUGUGCCUCAGCCGCCAACUCAGCAGCAGCAGCAGCAACAGGGUGUUCCAGCUGCGAAGGCUGUAAAACCUGAUUCCCCAAAAUCAAGAGCAAGACCAGCUGCAGAGAAAGAUGGUACACCAAAGAAGCAGAAACAGUGUAACUGUAAGCACUCACGGUGCUUGAAGCUGUACUGUGAGUGCUUUGCUUCUGGAACAUAUUGUGAUGGGUGCAAUUGUGUAAACUGCUGUAACAAUGUCGAAAAUGAAGCGGCCAGGCGAGAAGCAGUUGAAACAACUUUGGAGCGUAACCCAAAUGCAUUCAGGCCAAAAAUUGCUAGCAGCCCACGUACAGCACAAGAUAUCCGGGAGGAAAACGGAGAAUUAGUAGUGUUGGGAAAGCACAACAAGGGAUGCCAUUGCAAAAAGUCGGGAUGCCUCAAGAAGUACUGUGAAUGCUUCCAGGCAAACAUCCUCUGUUCUGAAAAUUGCAAGUGCAUGGACUGCAAGAAUUUCGAAGGAAGUGAGGAACGUCAGGCUCUCUUUCACAGCGACAAUGCCAACAACAUUAACAUGCAGCAGGCAAAUGCUGCUAUAACAGGAGCAAUUGGUGCAUCUGGAUUCGGAUCUGGGUUUACAUCUCUUCCAUUGUCUAAAAAGAGAAAAGGUCAGGAAUUAUUUUUUGGCCAAACAGGCAGGGAGCCGUCCUUUCACAGGCCAGGACAUACUCAGCAGGGUAACCAGAUCCGGGCUCCUGCACCCUCUUCAAACCAUGUAGUUCGUGGUGGCAUCACAGCUGCGCAUACCCCUUCCAAAGUCACAUACAGGUCCCUGUUAGCCGACAUUAUCCAACCCCAGGAUAUUAAAGCACUUUGUUCUGUAUUGGUGGUUUUAUCUGGAGAAGCUGCUAAAAGCAUUGCAGAGCAAAUAAGCGAGCAAGAAAAGCAGGUGCAAGGCCAGGUUGAAGCUUCUCUUGCAGCAUCAAGUCAAGAAAAGCAGAACCCGAGAGAAACAGAUGCCGAGAAAAGCGUUGCUGAUGAUGGUUACCCCAGUGCUAAUCCGGUUGAUAAUUCAGGUCCUGAUAAUGGUUCCAUGUCAGACGGCGGGGAUGCUUCGAAGUCGAGGCCAAUGUCACCCGGAACUUUAGCUCUAAUGUGUGAUGAGCAAGACACUAUGUUCAUGGCAGCUUCAUCACCCAAUGGCUUGACUGGCCAUGGUGGGAUCACAGCAUUGCAGUUGCCUGACAAUGGACAAGGUGCGACAACAGAAACUUAUGUGGAGCAGGAAAGAGUCAUACUGACAAAGUUCCGAGAUUGUCUACAAAACCUCAUCAUGUUAGGAGAGGAGAAAGAAAUAGUGUGUUCAUCAAUAGCCAGAUCGGAGUCCAUGGAUCCGAGAUACAUGCUCAGCAAUGGCACAGCGACGAUGGCGACUAAUCAAGCUGUGGCAGGAGGUAUUCAACACAGCGGUACUGGUGGGCCCUUCAGCAAUGGGGUAGCGCAAAAUGUCAUCGCCCCACAGACAGCAGCCAGAGCACCUCAAUCGGUUACUUCUACGAUCGCCACAUCAGUCGAUCUUCCUAAGAAAAACUUCCCGUCGUUCCAGCAGCAGCAGCAGCAGCAGCCACAGUACCGGCCAGCGGCGGAGCAAAGAAGUGAAGCGGAAACAAUGGCGUACGUCGACCACGCGUUCUCGAUCACCGACGACGAUCUAAUGAUGGACGGAUCGUACACCGCCACCAACCGUCCUCCCAUCAAGGAGAUCGGACUCGCCGUCUCCCUCCUCGUCUUCGGCGUCAUCGGUAUCGUCGUCGGCUUCUUCAUGACCUCCAACAGAGUCGGCGGCGACAGAGCUCAUGGGUUGUUCUUCGUGAUACUGGGGGUGGUUCUGUUCAUACCGGGAUUCUAUUACACCAGGAUUGCUUAUUACGCGUACAAAGGGUAUAAAGGCUUCUCCUUUUCGAACAUCCCUCCUGUUUGAGUUGACAGCAGCUGGAGCUUGAGCUGAGUAGCCUGGAUCCACCCUGCUAAAGACCACAGAUGUGUUGCAGUUGAGCUUAAGAUGGGUUUCUUCUCCUUGUUGCAAUAUAUAUAGUUGUUGAUCAUGGAUCGGUAGCACAUAACUUGGGAUUUGGUUGCUGCAUUUGGGUCACCUACGAUCAUCGUCUCCUUCAGUUUUCCUCUUUUUGUUUUGGGGCAGUUUCUUCUUUGAUUGCUGUGAUGCGGGGCAAGUCUUCCGUUUUCAUGUGUCUGAAUUGUUAGUAUGUAAAGAAACAAUUUUCCAUUCCAUCCAGCUUGUACUUUCGACGGUUCAGUGAUGAUGCAAGCAGUGAGCUUCUACGAAGGAGAUUCCGCAACUUGGUCUCACGUGGUACGCGAAUUGGGGGCGACGGUGCUAUAGCUGUCUGUCGACGGCCAGCAUCCUCGAAUCCACCAUUGGCAACCAAGGUGGGAUGAUGCGGUUCUCCAUCUCCGCUAAAUCUUUCCCCCCCGAAUGGUGUUCUGAAUCACUCGUAGACAAGUUUCGGUCAAGAUCCUGGUUGUUACCUGUUCUCCAUCUCCAUCUUGUGAUUAGGA